CUCCUCACCACCAUCUCGAGCCUCUCAAGCCCGCCUUGCCGCCCACCUUCGCUUGGCUGAGGUACACUUCUCCGCGCCCUGCGCAGCGCAGCGCCUCGCUGCACCCCUCGCCGCCAUGUUCAGCUCCGUGAUCCACGCGCCGUGCGAGAUCAGCCUGCACCUCGUCUCCGAGGACAUCUUCAUCCACCCGCCGCCGGCGAACAGCGACCUGCCGGGGGAGGACCAGACGCUGCGCGGCGUGGUGGAGCUGCGUGCGCCCUCGGAGCGCACGAUCCCCGCCCUGCGCGUGCAGCUGCAGGCGCUGCAGACGCUCUCGCUGCCCGAGCCCGUCGCCGGCGCCGCGGCGCCGCAUGUGCGGCACGAGGAGAAGGUGCUGCUCGACAAGACGAUUGAGAUCACGUCGGACGGCAGCGGCGGCCUGAGCCACGCGCACCGCGUCGGCAAGGGCAAGGGCAAGGCGCGCGAGAGCCCCGCCGUGUCGCCGCUCGGCGGCCCGCAGGAGGGCGAGGCGGAGGACGGCAUUCACCUGGACAAGGGCCUGCAUGGCUUCGAGUUCAGCUUCAUCAUUCCCUCGUCGUCGCCGCCGUUUGAGCGCUACCGGCACGGGCGCGUGCGCUACGUGGUGACGGCGACGGCGCUCGGCGCCGGGCGCGGGCGCAGCGCCGUGUCGAUCUGGCGCGAGGUCUUUGUCAUUGUGCAGGCGACGCCCGACGGCGGGCCCGUGCCGCUCGACAUUCAGUACCACGACGUGCACGAGGCGCUCGGCCCGCUGUCGGUGUCGCUGACGUCGGCCUCGCUGACCGUCGGCGGCACGGCGACGCUGAGCAUCCUGCAUCCGGACCCGCCGCCCGGCCUCAGCGUGCACGUCAUCCGCGUGUUCCUCGAGCAGACCGUCGAGCUGUACUCGGACCUGCGCAAGGGCUGGCUCAAGCUGCCCGUCGAGAAGCUGCGCCUGUGGGAGAAGGGCUACAUGCCGUACAAGGCCAAGCAGGCCGAGCCGCACAUCGUGCCCGAGGAUGCAUUCUGGCUGGCACAGGGCGAGGACACGCCUGGGCGGCCCGGCCGCGCGGCGCACGCGUACCAGGGCGCCGCCUCGCACAGCUCCUUUUCGCCGUUCAGCCCGAGCUCGCCGCUGGGCCGCAGCGCCGCCGGCGUGCCGGCGCAUGCCUACCGCGUCCGCACGACGGUGCGCAUGCCCGACGACAAUGCGAUGCGCCCAAGCACGGUGCGCGGCUCGCGCAGCGACAUUCGCGUCUCGCACGACCUCGGCGUCGAGGUGUACUUUUCGCGCCUCUCCGUCAUCGACGAGCGCGAGGCGUCCGAGUCGCGCGGCAAGCCCAAGGUGCAGGUGUUCAGCAUGCGGCGCAGCACCGUCAUCCCGUCGUGCUGCUGCACGUUUGACACGAUCCACCUGCCGCCGUACUCGUUCGAGUCGCCGAGCAACUCGCGGCCGUCGAGCCCCACGCCGCCGACGGCGCGCAACCCGACGCAGGCCGACGUCGACCACUGGCGCCUCGCGCAGACGCUGCGGGCCGCGCUGCCGCACGCCUCGGGCCCGGUCACGCACGCGCCGCCCAACCGCUCGGCGCCGGGCUCGCGGCCGGCGAGCCGCGACCCGUCGCCGACGCGCCCGCACCUGCCGCACUCGGGCAGCAGCUUCUCGGCGUUUCUGCACGGGCGGCGCUCGCGCAACUCGAGCCCCGAGCGCGGCACCGGCUCGCCCGGGCCCAGCCACGAGGCGUCGAGCUCGGCGCCGUCGCGGCGCGGGCGCUCUGGGCUCUCCUUUACGCCUGCGCACACGGCCGGGCACGCCACGACGAGCGUCAUGACGGCGCCGGCCUCCGGCACCAACACGCCGCGCUCGCUGCCGUCGUCGUACCCGUGGGCGAACAGCCACCUGCCGCCGCGCACGCCCGGCGGGCACCAGACGUGCAACUGCGGGCGCACGACGGAGGAGCUCACCGAGGCCGAGCAGCGCCUCCUCGGCGGCGCGCCCACGGCGCCCGGCGCGUGGAUCGAUGCGCACGAGGAGGGCAGCGAGCCGCCGCCGUGGACGCCGUCGCGCCCGGCGAGCCCGAGCGAGGGCCUGCACGCCGAGCCGUACGGCGAGCGGCCUUCGUAUCUGCGCGAGAAGGCGCCGUGUCCUGCGUGACGGCCUGCAGAGCGCAGAGCGUCGACGGCCUGCAGAGCGCAGAGCGUCGACGGCCUGCAGAGCGCAGAGCGUCGACGGCCUGCAGAGCGCAGAGCGUCGACGGCCUGCAGAGCGCAGAGCGUCGACAGCCGUGGCACAUCUCACUACUACCUCGGUACAUCGCGCCACCACCACUCCGGACUCCCCCAUAUGUAUUACAGCAUCAUAGAAUAGACUCGCUCAGGUUG